GUAUAUUAUCUUGCAUGUAGCCCACAUUCUUAGUGCCAAGAUCUGCUUGCCAUGUUAACUUUGAUGGUGUGAUCAUGGAGCCAGAUGACACCCACCUCUGUGUCAUCCCGUCUUCUUUUCUUCACUUCCGGACUCCUUCUGCUCAGACCUCUGCACUGGARGUAGAAAACAAGGGAGCCAGUGUCAAGAGCUCUGUCAGUAGUCGAAGUAGUAAUGAAAGUUUACAGGAUACUGAGACAGAAGACGACAAGUCCAUUAUUCACCGCCAUGUUGCCAUUGAGCGACAAACUGCUGAAAGGGAUGACAGGUUUGCUACUAUUCGACCAAAGAAUGUUAUUGCUCGUCAACAGCAAGAACACAGACCUGGUGCUGACCGUAUGCAUGAUCAACUGAUGGUCUAUAAGAGAAUGAGGCAAAGCCAUCAACGUCAACUUGAAAUCCUGGAGAAUAAACUGAGAACAGAAAUGAAUGAUCAUCGGCGACAGUUGGACAAAGAGUACGAACAGAUGGUUCAUCAGUUUGAAAAAGACUUAGAUAAACUUCGAUCGCGGCAUAAAGUUGAACUAGAUCAAAAGUGCAAGCAGAUGCAAUCAGAAGAGAAGAAACUUCAGAAGCAAAUCCGUGAUCAACAGGAUAACGAAAUAAAAAUAUUUUGCAGUAAACAAAAAGCUGAGUACAAGGCUGCCAAGUCUUCGUUCAAAAAGAACAACCCAGCUUUGUAUCAAGAAAGAAAGGAUACUUUCCAAGCAACCCAAAAUAAAAUCCUACAACAGAAACGAUUAGCACAGAGAGAGUAUUUACGCAAUGAAAGAAGAAGAUUUCUACGACAGCAGAUGAAUCAACGGCAUAUACUAGAGAAUGAUCUUAUUUCUGAGGAAAUGAAUAAACUUGAGGCGCAGAAAGAACAAUCCCACAAGAUGUUAAUCCGCCAUCACGAAAGUACCCAGGAGCUUGAAUUCAAGCACCUCUCGRCCCUCCAUAAACUACGACGAGAACAACAGCAAUAUCAACACACCACUGAAUGGAACAAUCAAAUGGAAUACAACAAACAAGCCGAGUUAGAUUUACGAAAGAAACAUUUAUUUGAACUCAAACAACAGCCCAAGACGCUUAAGCAAAAAGAAAAUGAAAUCAAAAAACAAUAUCGUGACGCAAUCCGAACCCAAACGUCACAAUACAAAUUUCUACAAAAACAAACUCUCGAGAAAGCACCACGUGACCAACACAAGGACAUUAUCAAACAGUACCGCGAAGACCGAAUGAGAAAAAUGGCUGAUUUGGCGGUUCAGUAUGAUCAGAGUAUCGCAGAAAUGUUGCAAAGACAAACGGUAAGAUUCCAGUUUCUGGUGGACGACUAG